UGGGAAACAGGGGCUUCUCCGCCGCCCUCGCCGCCUCUGAUCCUUUCUGCCAGGAGCGUGCGAUCCUCCGGCAGCUGAGGACCGCUCCUCAGAUAGCCAAAGAGGGGGGUGGGGUAGAGUAGAUCCACACCCAACACCCCCAGCUAUUGAAAUCUACUCGAUCGGCGGGCGAUCGCCGCAGUAGCGGCGGCCACAAGCGCAGAGGCGCGAUGGUUUGCGGCGGCUUCUCCUGCUCCAAGAACUGCCUGUGCGCCCUCAACCUGCUCUAUACGUUGGUGAGCCUGCUGCUGAUUGGAAUUGCAGCAUGGGGCAUUGGUUUUGGCCUCAUCUCCAGCUUUCGGGUGGUUGGAGUAGUCAUUGCUGUGGGGAUAUUUCUCUUCCUGAUUGCUCUGGUGGGGUUGAUCGGCGCCAUCAAACACCACCAGGUGUUGCUCUUCUUCUAUAUGAUUAUUCUCUUGCUAGUGUUUAUUAUACAGUUUUCAGUCUCCUGUGCUUGUUUGACAUUGAACAAGGAACAGCAGAGCAAGCUUCUAGAAGUUGGGUGGAACAACACAAACAGUGCCAAGCAGGAUAUCGAGAGGAAUCUAAACUGUUGCGGAUUCAAUAAUGUCAGUGAAGCGGACACAUGCUUGGCCAGCUGUGUUAAGCUACAGUCAUGUCGCCCAUGUGCACCAAUAAUCAAAGAAUACUCUGGGAUGGUGUUGAGAUUUGUCGGAGGCAUUGGACUCUUCUUUAGUUUCACGGAGAUCUUGGGUGUGUGGCUCACCUACAGAUACAGGAACCAGAAGGAUCCUCGGGCAAACCCUAGUGCAUUUCUUUGACCUGGAAACUUUCUCGGGGGACUGAAUAUUCCUUUUCCUGUGUUUUUAACCAUGAAUUCUCUACCAAUUGGCUGCUUUCCACAUCAGCCUCGGCCUUGUGCACUUGAGAUAAGAUGGCCUGCCUACAGCUGCUUCUCAUCUUGGUUUUUCUUGUAUUGCCCUUGGAUUAACUGGCUUGGAAUGUCACCUGUGCCCCUAAUCAGAAUCUGGAUACUUUAGGAAUGUGGGGGGAGUUCUGUAGGAGCUCGUCUAAUGUUACACUGCCCAACCCUGCAUUCUGGUCUUUGACAAUUGCUUGCUGUUGCCUUCGGUGGGCAAAGAGGAGAAAAGAGAUUUCUGAUCUGUUUCGUCUGCCAGAAAUUCCUUCUGAAAGAUCAGUUUUGAAUGCCCAAAGCUGUGUUAUGAAACCUGAUGUAAAUUAUGAUGCUGUUGUUUCCAACUUUGGUAUUAUGGGGUGUUAAAAAAAAACCCACAACCACCACCCAAUAACGUAGACGUCACGGGAUGUAGAAAAUCAUUUCCCACCCUGUGUUCUGCUUCUCUCCUUGUUUCCAUAGGCAAUGUGAAAACCUGUGUACAUUAGUUAGUGUUUUCCGUCUAUUUCAGAAUUGCCAUGGAAACGUAGUGAUUCCAUUCCAGAGCCCUGUUUUGUCAUUUCACUGCAUUAAUGGAUUGUAUGUGAGCUUCUUAAUUCACUGCAACUCUGUAUACACACACAUGAACACACUGGAUUGCAAUGGCUCCUUGCCAUUCAGAAUGGUUAAAAUUCAUACUAGAUUCUCCUAGAGUGUGGCACAAGGGUAGCCAAUGUAGUCCGCUUCAGAUGUACUGGAUUACAUCUCUCAACCCUGACCAUUGGCCCUUGGGCUGGUAGAAGGUGGAAUCUGACAACAUCAGGAGGGCACCAGCUUGUUUACCCUUGAUAUAAAGCUUAUCUUCAACAUGAAACAAGUGAUGAUGAACAGAGAUAUGAAACUUCAUUGUAUUACCCAAUAACUUGCAUUUGAAUGACCUGUGUGUAGUUUAAAGUGGCUAAAAGAGAGAAUAAUGUUUAGUUAGCUUGUCACACUAAGAAAAACUAGUCUUGAUGCCUAGAGUUCUCAUAUAAAUUUAAUCGGUGUAGUAAGUUAAUUGUGAUACUGCUGUUGGUCUUUAAAUAAUUAUGCUCAGUCAUUGCUAUUUAAAAUACUUUUACCGCACUCGGUAUUUAAAAUAUUUGAUUGUAAAUGUGAACUAGAACAUUACAAAUAUGUAUCUUUGUAGCACAUGGAUAAAAAAAUAAAACUUUUUUUGGAAGUAUGUUAAAAACAAACAAA